AUGGCGUCUCCGGAACUCACAGACUAUGAGCGGAAGAGGCUCGAGAACAUUCGCCGAAAUGACCAAAUGAUGGCUUCCCUCAAGCUCCAUUCCAUCGCUGCCCAAGUCUCUGCCUCAACCAAACGCCCAAGGGCUGAGACCAAAUCGUACAAAGUAUGUCCGAAGAAGCAACCCAAAACCCAGACCCCAAUUGUUAUAAGGCGUUCUUUACGUACAAGAGGUUUACCCCCCGAUGCCAAGGGCCUUAGCGAUGAUGCUAUCGAAUCCAUGGCCAGGACCUCAAAAUCUCCGAGCCCAUCGAAAGCAUCGCCUCGCGACUUGGGUCCUCUUAGUAUGAGAGAGGCGUAUAGUGGAGCGUCGGAUCGAGCUCUAAUUGAAGCCCUUUUGGGUAUUGCGAACAAACCCCAACUGAGUGCUUCAGUAAAAGGUGAAAUUGGGAGAUUUGAGGUUUCCAAAGUUGAGAAUUCGAGCGGUGCCCGUGAGGGAAUAGACGGGCUUACUUAUGGUUUGAUUAAGAAGGAAGAGAAUGAAAUUGAGGAUGGUUUGAAGUUGGAGCCUUUGACUGAGGGCAUAGAUGGGAUAACUUGCGGUUUGAUUAAGAAGGAAGAGAGUGAAGUUGAUAGUGGUUUAAAGUUGGAGUCUUUGACUCUGAAUUCGGAGAAUAUAGCGCGGGUUGUGCCAGGGAGAAUUACGAACGUGAGUUUUUUUCCUUGUACUAGUUCAAGUAUGGUUGUGGUUGGGAAUAAGUUUGGGAAUGUUGGAUUUUGGCAUAUUGAUUCUAAGGAAGAGGAAGAAAGUGGGGUCUACUUGUAUCGUCCACAUACAGGUCCCAUUUCAGGGAUUUUGAUUCAACAACAUUGCAUGUCAAAGAUCUUUACUAGUUGUUAUGAUGGAUUUAUCCGGUUGAUGGAUGCUGAGAAAGAGGUGUUUGAUCUAGUAUAUUCCAGUGAAGAGACUAUAUACUCCAUCUGCCAACAAUCAAAGGAUCCAAAAUGCUUAUAUUUUGCUGAGGGUCAUGGAGGUUUAAGUGUCUGGGAUGAGAGAACAGGAAACUUCUCAAACCAGUGGUCUUUGCAUGAAGACAGAAUUAAUUCCAUAAACUUUAACUCAGAAAACUCUAACGUCAUGACUACUAGUUCCACAGAUGGAACAGCCUGCAUCUGGGAUUUGAGAAGUAUUAAUGCAAAUAAACUCAAAACUUUAAGAACAGUUGGCCACAAAAGGGCUGUGCAUUCUGCUUACUUCUCACCGUCUGGAAGGUCUCUAGUGACGACAAGUAUUGACAACACAGUUGGUAUAUCAAGUGGAGUUAAUUUUGAGGACAUAUCAAUGAUAUACCAUGAUAAUCGUACUGGUAGAUGGAUUUCUUCGUUCAGGGGUCGGUUUCUGACAGCUGCUAUUAACACUGGAAACAGGGCAAUAUGGGGCUGGGACGAUGAAUAUGUCUUCAUUGGCAAUAUGAAAAGAGGCGUAGAUGUUAUCUCCCCAGUUGAAAGAAGAACAGUUUUCACUUUACAGAGCCCACACAUGUCCGCAAUUCCAUGUAGAUUUGAUGUUCACCCUUUCAAUGUUGGGAUGCUAGCAGGAGCCACAAGUGGAGGCCAAGUUUACAUAUGGACAUUGGGCUGCUAG